AUGAGUGACAAUAUUAAAGUAGUAGUAAAAGUUCGACCUCUCAUUCCUCGAGAAAUUGAAGACAAACUUUUUUAUCAAUGGCGUGUAAAAAACACUACGUUAUAUCAAAUAGAUCAAAAUGGGAGAGAUUGUGGUCAAAAUUUCACAUUUGACAAAGUUUACGACAAGGAUGCUAAAACUAGUGAAGUGUACAACGAUAUUGCUAAGCCGAUUGUGGAGGCGGCAAUUGCAGGAAUUAAUGGCACUAUAUUUGCUUACGGUCAGACAUCGUCAGGCAAAACACAUACUAUGACCGGGACUGAUGAAUCCCCUGGUAUUAUACACCUGGCUGUGUUAAAUUUGUUUGAUUUAAUUAGGAAAAUUCCAGACAGAGACUUUCUUCUAAGAGUCUCAUUUGUUGAAAUAUAUAAUGAAACACUAAUAGAUUUGCUUGAUGUAACAAAAAAUAUUAAAAUAUGUGAUACCCAUAAUGGUGUUAGAGUUGAUACUACUGAGAAAGUGACAUCAUCACCAAGAGAAGUGUUAGAGUUUAUGAAGCAGGGUGAAGCAAAUAGACAAACAGCAUCAACAAAUAUGAAUGACAAAAGUAGUAGAUCUCACUCAAUUUUCCAAAUUACAAUAGAAUCUCGUGAACAUACAGAAGAUGAAGAGGAAGUCGGGUCAGUGAACAUAUCACAGUUAAACUUAGUUGACCUCGCAGGGUCAGAGCGUGCUGGGCAGACAGGUGCCACUGGAAUUCGGUUUAAGGAAGGCACCCAUAUUAAUAAGUCACUUUCGGUAUUGGCACUUGUUAUUAAACAACUAUCUGAAGGACAAAAUAAACACGUAAGUUAUCGCGACAGUAAAUUGACACGCAUUUUACAAAACUCGCUCGGAGGGAACGCGAAGACGAGCAUUAUAUGUGCAGUGACACCUGCAGUUGUCGAAGAAACCAUAUCAACACUACAAUUUGCAUGUAGAGCUAAAGCAAUCAAAAACAGACCAGAAGUGAAUGCAGUGGCAACAAGCUCUAGUAUGAUACAAAACCUUACCAAACAAUUAUGUGCUCUCAAAACUGCACUUGAGAAUAAGAAGAAUGUGGAGCAAGACAACUGCAACCUUCAGAAACAAAUAGCAUGUCUGCAAAAGUUGAUUUUGAACGGUUUUCACCAAAGAAGUAGCUCGGAUCUCAUAUCUAGUGCGAGAAGAAAACUUUGUCCACCGAGGCGUAUGACAAUAUCAACUUUACACCCAAUACAGGAAGAUCCAACUCCGUCCAUAGCUAAGUUUUGCACUCCCAGUUUAAAGUACAAUGCUUUUUUAAUACCGGGUGGUUCCGACCUCGCACCGAUCAGUAGCGCAUCUCUCUCAUGUCUCCGAGAAGAACCAGCGAGAGCUAUCACACCGCCACUUAGAGACAAAAAAGUUAACUUUAAUGACGAAAUUAUUGAAUUAGAUAGCGACGACGACACACCGACGGUUGUUCAAACUUGUUCGCCGAUUCACAAUUGCUAUGAUUCUUCCAAAACUCCACCAUGCGUCUUGCGAAGAAACUACAAAGAAGCCGAAAAGAACUAUAGAGACAUUGUUAAAUUUACUGAAAGAGAGAAAAUUUACCCGCCUGAUACGGUUGAACUAAUUAAAAAAUUAGAAGAAAAGUCGCUGGCGCUAUUUAAAGUAGAGGAAAGUUUAAACUCUUUAACUGAUGUAUGUAAUAAAAAGGAUAAGCAAAUAGAACAAUUACAAGAUACUAUAACGCAAACUGAACUUGAACUAAAAAAUAUAACCACAGCUAAGUUGGAUUUAGACGCCCAAUGUGUACAAUAUCAAACUAAAUUAACCGACUGGGAAGUGAGUUACGAAACCCUAAUGAAAAAGUCAAAAAAUAGGGAAAAAGAAUUACUAUCCCUAUUGGAAGAACAUUCUACAAAGAAAAUGAAAGAGAAUGGUACAAUGUAUUCUCCACUCAAAAGUCAAGAACAAAGUGUGUUAUCUGAUGGAUGUAGAACAUCAGCAAGUGAUUCUUCAGAUUCUGACUUAGCUUCAAAACAGAUCCGUGAUAUGGCUGCUGAAUUAGAAGCACAAAUUGUGUUAAAGGAACAAACUAUUAUUGAGUUACAAGCUACUAUAUCAGCUCAUAAGCACAACAUAGAGACAUUAGAAAAUGUUAACCGAGAAACGAAAGAAAUGCUUGCUGACUACAGACAAAAUGUCUUACUAAUAGAGACCGAAAAUGAUAUUUUAAAAUCCAAAAUAAGUGACCUCAAUUCUUUAGUUGAAAGUCAAAAAUCAGAAAUAAAAACGUUUAAUGUUGAUAUUGAUUCUUAUAACGCUGUGAUUCAAGAUUUGCAAGAGAAGUUAUUACAGAAAGAUAAAUUACUCAUUAGUAACAUAAUAGUUGAUGAUAAAGAUAUAGAAUCAUUGAUAGCAAUGGAAGAAUCAUUUAUUGCAAACAAUGAAAAUAUCAGGAACAUAAUAAAUUCUCUAAAGAAUAUUUUAGAUAAUAAAAAUGAGGAAAUAGCAAAAUUAAAAGCUAGUUUAGCCAAUGAAGAACAGUCCAGCAAAGAAAAUCAAAAUACUAAUUCAAAACAUCUCAUUGAAAUAGAAAAACUAAAAGAGCAGAAUGGCGAUUUGAUUUCUACAAUAAGUACUUUAGAAGAAAAGUAUACUGUUCAAGAAGAAAAUUUCAAGUCCAAAACUAUACAAUUAGAAUCAGAAAUAAAUACUUUAGAAGAAACUAUACAAUCAAAAGAUAAUAUUAUCAGCUCAUUUAUUAAUGAAAACAACAAAACCCAAGAAGAUUUAAAUUUAGCGAAGUUAACACUUAAUAAACUACAUGAUGUUAUUAUUUUGUUGUCAGGAAAUAUUCAAGGCAUACCAGAUAUGUUUGACGAUUUUGCAAGCGUUUUUAAAAUUUUUGGUGAUAAUUUAAAUACCUUAGAAUGCGUUGUUCAGUGUAGCAUUAAAGAUAAAAAGUGUUUGCAAGAAUUAAUAAAUAAACAUGAAAAAGAAAUAAUAAAACUUCAUGAAGCAUUAGAUAAUGCUAGUGAAAUAGUUGACUCAGCUUCAGAUUUUAUUGGGUUCACUCAAAAGUCAAAUAAUAGUGUGGCAGAUGAAGAAAGUACUACAUUUAAGUUAGGCUCCAAAAUUAAAACACUGAUUGAUGGUGUAAAAUAUAUGCAAGACAAUUCUCUUCAAAAUAUUAAUAGUAAAGAUACAGAAAUUAAUAAUUUAAGAUCCGAUAUUUUAGUAACCGUAUCAAAUCUUAAUGAUAAAUCAAAAGAAUUAGAAUGUAGAAGUCAAGAACUGCAAGCAGUUUUAGUUGCACAUGAUAAUAUCUUACAUGGUAUAGUGAAGAAGAUAAUGGAUUUAGUAUUGGAACUCAAAAUUGAAAAUAUUUCUGUUGAAUGCUCCAAAAGCACCAACUCUCCUGAGCUUAUUUCUGAGUAUAUAAAUAAACUGGCAAGUGAGUUUCGGACUAUUCAGACCAAAAAUGAAAGCAAUAAUUCCAACAACCUACAAGUAAUAGCGGAUGCCAAAGCAGAAAUAAAGCAACUAAAUGAAGAAAACCUAAGAUUAAGUAAAACUCUUUCACAAGUCAAAAAAGAAAACUCUAAUCUUUGUGAGGAAAUUGCGUCUAUUAAAACUAAUAAAGAAGAUAUUAUAGGUAAUUUAACGACAAGCAACAAAGCAUUAGGUCAAUUGCAAAAUGAUCUUGAAGCAAAAUCAAGUGAAGUUGAUGUUUUGCAAAAUAAAGCACUGGAAUGGAAGGAACAGUUUUUGAACCUGGAUACAACAAUGAAACAAGAACUUGAUAAACUUGAGUUUGAGAAUUCUCAAUUAAGGAAAGAAUUGGAAAGAUUAAGUAGCAACGAAAGUAUAGUAGUAGAGAAAAGUAAUCCUAAUGUUAAUAAGGCACAAGAAAAUUCCGAAGAGAUUCUAGACCUAAAAUCACCUCCGAGUUUACUAACUAUUUGCUGCGAUACGAUAUUAGAUGCGAUACAGCCUAGCGAAAAUGAAACGUCGACUUCUCCUUCUACUACUAAUACAAGUUCGUGUGAUUCAAAAGUUCAGCUUUCUUGCAGAUGUGACCAACUACAGUCUAAAGUCGAUAUUUUACAAAUUGAAAAUGAGAAUUUUAAAAUGAGCUUGCAUAACUUGCAAGAUUAUAAUAAGAGCCUAGUUUUAGAAUUAGAAGAAGCAAAAGGUGAAUUACUACUGCUACUAGAUCUGACACAUGAAUUACAGAGGAAAAUUGUAAACCAUCGAACGAAUCUAUCUACAUUAACAGCUACAACAUACGCGGAAAAUAUAUCUCUUAGUUCCCAACUUAGAUCACUUCAACACUAUCACAGCUUAUUUUAUAGGGCAUGUGAAAAAGACAUACCAGAAGUAAAAAAGGAGUUGCAAGAACUUAUGGAAUUACUUAAAACUGGAAACGCGUUAACAAAUGAAAGUUGCCGCAGAUAUUCCUUGCCCACUGCUUUGGAGAACAGUGCCAGUCAACCAUCGAAGUGCGAGUCAAUGUUAGAUGGAGAUCUCCUUAUGUUAGACACUAAUAUAACUUUAACAACAUGUGAUAAUACUCUGACUGGACAUGAACAAAGUUGUUUUGAUGCAACGCAAUCUUCCAUAGAUGUAGGUUGUCAGACAAACAAUUGUAGUGAAAUUACUGAAAUCCAAAAUCCUUCAAUACAACAAGACACGACACGCAAAAUAUUACAAAAUGUUGAAUCAUUAAAACUCGAAAAUUAUAAGUUGCAAGAAAUUGUAUCGGAAUAUGAACUUAUUAAGCAAAAUAAGUUAAAGUAUGUUGAUUCCCAAAGCAGCCCAAUUAAAGUUAAUUUUAUUAAAGAAGAGUGUGAAAAAUGUCUAGAGCUUCAGGACAGCCUAAAAAUUCACAAUGAUAUUUUAAAUGAAAAUGAUACAUUGCGUCGACAAUUAGCUGAGAUAACCAGUUUAAAAGAUGAUUUAGAAACUAAAUAUAAGACGUCUGUAGCUGAAUUAGCUUCAACAGAAGCGUUAUUCACCAAAUUAAAGAACUUUGAAAAAGAUCUGACGUCAAAAUCCCACGAAAUUUCAAAGCUUACAUCAUUAAUUUUUAUAAAAAAAGAAGAGUUAGAUAAGUUACAGGAGGAAAAUAACUCAUUAUCAAAUCAAGUCAUGGACAAUAUAUAUGAAGUUGAAACUCUAAAAAAAGAAAUAGACUCCUUAAAGCAAAACAACCUAGAAGUAUCUCAAAAGCACGCCAAACUGCAGGAAGCGUAUGAUAUCCUGGAUGAGGAACAUUUUAAUAGUCGUCAUUUAGAAGACCAAUGCCAAGAGUGCAUAAAGAAAGAUGAUAUAAUUAAAUCGUUACAAAGCACUGUGUCUGUGUCCAGAUACAAUAAAAUAUGUACUCUUCAAAGUGAGCUUCACGCUGGUAAAGAGGACUGCAACGAACUAAAAAAUGAAGUUACGAAUAUAAAAAAUCAUUUAGAUAAAAGUAACAUUUCAAUCGUUCAAGCUAUGGACUUGGAUGACAGUAUAGGGGACUCUAAUUUAAUGUCAUUAAAAAAAAGCGACCUUGAUAAUAAGUUUAAUAUGCAAGAUUUUCCAAAAGAACGGCCAUUAGACGUGUACACACUAGAUAAAGUCGACUGUGUUAAUUACUGCAUUGAAAAUACUGGAUUAGAUGAUGAAAGCUUUACUUGUGAUAUGAAAAUUAUUGAUGUUAUGAAACUGCUGUACACGAAUAUUCUUACAAAACACAAUAAUGAAAUAGAAAAUUUAGUUAAUAAAUUAAAGGACUUUGAAGAAUCAAAACAGACAUUACAAACUGACUUUAACAAUUUAAUGUAUAACCAAGAAAAGCUAACAAAAGAAAUUAAUGAAAAAAAUGUCUAUCUUCAAGCAAUGGCCAUUGUUGUAGCCAAUAUUAAAAAUAAUUUGAGUGGUAUAAGCAAUACAAUAAAUGAAUCUGAAUUAUCUGAAGUACUCGAUUUGUACAAAAAUAGUUUCUUUAAAUUUAUUGACAAAGAAUUUGGAUUAUCUAGCCUAGAAAUAUUUGAUUGUAUUUUAAAUUUAAUAGAUGAAAAACAUAGAUCAGAAAUGAUUAAACUAUCUGAAGAAAAUAACUCGCAUCAGACGAUUUCCGAAAACCUUAUAAUGUUGAAUAAAGAGUUGGAGACUGUUAAAUCUGAUUUACUUAAUAAGGAAAAAGAAUACAACCUUCUUCAAUUGCAAAAAGAAAAAAUGUUUGAAAUUAAUAAUUGUGUCACCCUAAACAUAGUACAAAAAGAAAAGUUUCUUCAUGACACUACAAAUGAGAUUUAUCAGGAUCUCAUUAGUAAAAAUCUUAUUAAUAAAGAAGCUGUAAAUUUAUCUAUGCCAUUUAAUGAAAUAAUUCCAAUAAUGUUUAAAUGUGCUACACAACAGCAACAGUCAGUAAAUGAAGAAAAUACUAAAUUAACUUUAGAAAUUAAUACUAUGAAAGUUUCAUUGGCUGAAAAGAAUAGAGAAGUAUCCAUAUUACAAGAAGAAAUUAGCAAAGUUAGUAACCUAAAUGCGCAGAUUAGCGAAGCAUUAAAUGACAAGGAAGCACAACUUAAGGAACAAAUAUCAGUCCAUGAUAUACUUAAAUGUACUUAUGACAAAAAGGUUGAAGAAAAUAACACUAAUCUAAUAAUAAUUACAAAUCUUACCGACCAGAUUAAUAUAAUUAAGGAAACCAUUGAACAAAAAGAAGUUGCUUUGCAAGCCUUACAAUCUCAGUUGCACACUCAACAGCAAAAUAGCCAAAUUGCUGAGGUGGUUAAGGAAUUACAGAAAUAUAAAGAUGAGAUAGAUAAAUUAAAAUCAAUGAACAACAUUUUAAACCAAGAAAAAGAAUCGGCUUCUAUUGAACUGCAAAAAGCUAACGAUAUUAUAAAACAAAACAAAUUAGAUUUAGAAAAGAUAACAUCAGACAUGUUAAUAUUGAAGGAAGCUGUAGAUCAAAGUUCCAAUGACAUGGAGAGUUUAAGGAUUCAAUCAAAGACAUUACUAGAUCAAAAUAAAUUGCUAAAUGAAGAGAUAAAAGAGAAAACAAAAGAAUUUUCGCGACUUGAAACUAAUAUCAAGACGUACCAGAAGUCAGCCGAAUUCCAGUGCAAGAUGAUUUCAAGAUUAAAGAAAGAGAAGGCAGAUAUAGAGAAAUCAAAUGUUGAAUAUAUUGAGAAGUUGUCACAAUUGACAGCAUUGUUGGACGAGUUAAAAUCAAAGGACGCUUUACACGCGGAAGAAGCCAACUCCUUGAAGAGCAUUAAGGCCAGUUUGGAGAAUCGUAUAUCAGAAUUGGAGAAAGAUAUUCAAAGUAAACGGAUGUGUAUCGAAGUGAAUGGUAACAGGAGCAGACGACAAAGUCUCUAUGACUCUCACAGGACCUUCUCCGAAAACGAUGACGAUCCAAAGAAGGUUGAAGCCCUAUUCAAGUCUCGUAAAUGUGAUGAUCUAUUUAUGGACGUAGACGAGGGAUCCAAUAGAAGUACACCAAUCAGGCUCAGUAAAGGGCGAGACAGCCUAGCUUCUAGACACGAACAGAGUGAAGAAGAGGGCUCCCGGGCAAGUAGCGUGCAGGCAUCACGUCGUCGAAGACAAAGUAUUCACGACGCAUACCGCAGCGCUUUGGAUACUUCCCGAAGACAUAGCGUCGAUCGAAACAACGAAUCUUCAGGCAGCGAUUCGGGCAGUGAAGUAUCUAAACUGCGCAAGCAGCUGUCAGUUUGCCAGGAGGAAUUGGAAGAGUGGAAAGAGAAAUUCCGGGAAGUUGACGAAGAGUGUGAGAUCUGCGCUCAAUAUCUUCGCGAAAGAGAUGAACAGUGCCGCCAGCUGAAGGUGGAUAAGCGAAGUCUUGAGGUAGAUUGGGCGAAUCUCCACGCUGUGGUGGUGGAUAGAAUGUCCUACGAUGCCGAGGUCGAGAAAAAUAAGAAGUUAUCGAGAACAAUUGAAGACCUUCGCUAUCAAAAACAAGAGCUGAAGAAUACUUUGACCAAAAUGCAGAAGAGUAUUGAGAAAAACACUACAAAAGAUAGAGAGCUAGAAGCAAUAAGGUCUGAGCUAAAAGCCUGUCAACGUGAGCUUGACCAAGUGAAGGCACGCAAUCGGGAAUUGGACGAAGAGUGCGAGACUUGCUCAGAAUAUCUCAAGGAAAGAGAUGAACAGGUCAAGAAACUGAAGGAAGCGAAGAAGGCGCUAGAGAACAAGUUAAUGGAUUACGAAGAUAGCAGUAUUUGUUUGUCUGUCCGAAAGAAGCGUCAGACGUUGCACGAUCUUAACCGACAUUCAAAUGGGGAGUUAGUUGACGCAGCCACUGAAACUUGUGCAGAUUUAAACAUCCAAACAGAAAGAGAUGAAAACUCCAAAAAGGCAGAAUUACAUUCAAAGGAAUUUAAACGACUUAAAUUGACGGUAGAGAAGCUCACACAACAAAAGGUGACAUUGGAACAGCAGUUGGCCGCCAUGACGGCUUCAACACCGCUUUAUGUGUCCACUGGCAGCUCUAUCGUACAGCAACAACAGUUUUCGGACGUGAUCAAAGAAAAUCAAAAACUCAAGACUUUGAACGCCAAACUCACGAAAAUUUAUCAAAAAAUGAAAUAUCAGAACACUAAUCGCGAAAAUGAAGAUCCCGCUGACGAGAUUAAUACAUAA